AUGUCGUCUGAAAUGGAAACCGAGUCCUUAAACGAUUAUAACUGGGAUGAUAUCGAGUCAAUCCCCAUCAAGGAGGAGGCGUCCUCAGCCUUGUGUCGAAUCAUGUACUCCGAAGAAUAUAAGCAACAACUGGGUUAUUUGAGAGCACUCUUGACUAAACAGGAAUACUCAGCAAGAGCUCUCCUUCUUACUGACAGCAUUAUUGAUGCCGUUCCUGCUCAUUACACGGCUUGGAAUUACAGAUAUAACAUAGUGAAGAACAUUGACCGUGAUCUUGAAAGGGAGUUAGUGUGGUGCCAAGAAGUUGCAUAUGACAAACCCAAAAACUAUCAGAUAUGGCACUAUCGCUCUUUAAUUAUUGAAUUGGUUGAGUCCAGAGGUGGAAGCGUCGAUAUUUCCAACGAAACCACCAUUAGUGAUGACAUGUUGGAGGAGGACUCAAAGAACUACCAUGUUUGGGCUUAUAGGAAAUGGCUCGUGCGAAGGUACCAGCUUUUCAGGGAUAAUAUUGAGGACUUAACCACUAAGAAGAUGAUAGCAUUAGAUGUGAGAAACAAUUCAGCUUGGAGCCACCGGUUUUUCGUGAUGCUUGGAGAUUUUGGAGAAACGAGACCUGAGACUGCAUCGGAAACUGUGGAGCAAGAGAUAGGUUUUGCUAAAAUCAUGAUAAAUCAGUGUCCUGAAAACCCUUCUGCCUGGAGCUAUUUGCAGGGGAUUUACAAAUUAGCUAAGAAGGAUCUGUUAGCGGAAAAAGAGUUCUGUGAACUAUACGCUGUUGGUGCUGGUAAAUCUGAUCAGAGAUCCGUCGAGUCGCGAUUUUCGCUUCCCGCUACUGAGCUAUUAGCACGAAUCUAUGAGGUUUCACAGGAUAAUUCCAAGGCCUCCAGUCUCUACUCCAUUCUAGGGUCCAAAUACGAUCCCAUGAGAAGAAAUUAUUGGGAGAUGAAACGGCAAAGGCUUGACUCAGCGAACUCUGCUACAGUUUCGUAA